AUGCAGUCUCACUCUACAAUGAAUGUGCUGGAGCUUGUGAAGAUUUUUGCGCUCAUUCUGGUGCUGUCAUGUCCAAUCAAAUGCCAAAACAAAAGGAGGAAAGCUCAGAGAGACAACCAAGUUGUCACAUACAAGGCCAAACCCUUGGUCUGCCCAGUGGACCUCAUGUUCAUGGUGGACAGUACAGAGAAUGCCCAAACUGUGCUGUUUGAGCAGCAGAAAACAUUCAUCCUGCGCUUCAGCACCAAGCUCAUGCAGCUUCACCCUCCAGGCUGGCGUCUGCGCCUGCGCCUCGCUGCCCUGCAGUACAGCAGCAAAGUAUCAGUAGAGCAUAACUUCAGAGACUGGCAGGACCUGGAUGUCUUCCAGAGUCGGGUGGCCUCAAUGACUUUCAUUGGCCAUGGCUCAUACUCUGCCUAUGCCAUCACCAAUGCCACCAAGGUAUUCAGGCAGGAGACGUCCCCCAGUAGUCUCAGAGUGGCGCUGCUCAUGACGGACGGAAGAGACCACCCACGCAGCCCCAGUGCCAUCACAGCGGCUGCAGAGGCCAAACAGCACAACAUCAGGGUGUUCACCGUCAGGCUGUCUGCUCUACCCAACCCAGAUGCCAUGGGAACACAGCUACGAUCCAUUGCCAGUGCCCCCCCACAGCAGCAUGUGCUUAGUCUCUCUGACAGCCAGCUUGAUGAAAAACUCUUCAGUGAAAUAAAUACAGUUGUUACGACAGGGUGCCCACAGCCGAAGAACUGUAGGUGUGAGAAGGGGGAGAGGGGUCGCCCUGGCAGUCUAGGGAAACCAGGUAAGACAGGGUUGGAUGGUGCUCCUGGUCCAAAGGGAUCUCAGGGUGAACCUGGUACUAAUGGACGUCCAGGAAUGGCGGGCCUUGAGGGGAGACCUGGCAGGAAAGGUGAACAGGGGGAACAAGGCGAAUUUGGAGCUUUUGGUGCAAAAGGAAGAAAAGGUGUGGCUGGACCUGCUGGAUUAGAAGGCCGUAAAGGAGAGGAGGGAGACAGGGGGCCACCAGGAGACCCGGGGCCAGAGGGACCAUCAGGGCCUAAAGGCGAUCCAGGAACAAGGGGGGCACCUGGACCCCCAGGAGAAAACGGUGUUGGUUCCCUGGGUCCCAAGGGUGACAAGGGAAGCCAAGGAAGACCAGGUCCACUUGGUCCGAUGGGUUCUGGUGAGCAGGGAAGUCAGGGUCCGACGGGGCCUAUAGGAAUACAAGGGCCUCGUGGUUUCCCUGGUGACGGUCCAGUAGGACCAAAGGGUGACAGAGGGUUUGAAGGCCCCAAAGGCAGCCUGGGACCCCCUGGACAUGGGCACAAAGGUGAUAAGGGAGACGCAGGCGCACCUGGGGUUCCGGGUUUGACCGGGGUGCUGGGUGCAGGGGUCCAAGGAGAAAAGGGGGAACAAGGACCCAUUGGCCCCUCUGGUCCUAGAGGACUUCCAGGGCUGGCAACAGCUGGGUCAAAGGGUGACCAAGGUUUUCCCGGAGAGCCAGGUCAUCAAGGAGAAAGAGGCACAGGUGAACCAGGGCCCAAGGGUCAGACGGGACCUGAUGGGGCCCCUGGGAUACCCGGCAUUCCUGGUGAAGAUGGAAUCGAAGGGCCUAAGGGAGAGAAGGGUUUGCCAGGACCUCAAGGCCCAGAGGGAGCACCAGGAAGAGGCACAUCUGGAGAAAAGGGUGAUAGAGGUGACCGAGGUUCCAGGGGACUGUCAGGCUCUCCUGGCCCCGUUGGACCUGCUGGAGCUAAGGGAGAGCCUGGCAGCUCAGGAGUGACAGGCCUAUCUGGACCUCCUGGACAGAGCUUCCCAGGAACAAAGGGAGAGCCGGGCCCUGUGGGACCAUCGGGACCUGUUGGAGAGCCUGGAGUGGGAAUAAUUGGACCCAAAGGAAACAAAGGUAGUGUUGGACCUGUUGGGCCACCGGGGCCAAAGGAAGACUCUGUGCCUGGACCUCGGGGUUUGCCAGGUUUGACUGGACUACGAGGAGAAAUGGGGCCUGAAGGAAAAGGAUUACCGGGAGCAACGGGUGACAGAGGCUUAUCGGGUGCACCAGGACCACCAGGACCUCCUGGAACUGGACUUCCUGGGCCAAAGGGUUCUACAGGACAGCCUGGCCCACCUGGCAUGCAUGGGCCUCCAGGAGAAGGACUACCUGGACUAAAGGGAGAGCCUGGUUUUCAAGGUCCAACGGGACCAAGAGGGCUUCCAGGAGCGGAUCUCUCAGGACAGAAGGGUAGUCAAGGAUCUCCUGGACAUGUGGGGAAAAAGGGAGACACGGGGGACCUUGGACCACCUGGCUCUCCUGGAAAACCGGGGAGACCUGGAGAAAAAGGAGAGCCAGGACUUGCGAGAGAUGAAGUCAUCCAGAUCAUAAAGGAAAUAUUUGGAUGUGGCGUCAUGUGCAGAGAGAUUCCACUAGAUCUGGUAUUUGUGAUUGACAGCUCUGAGAGCGUGGGGCCGGAAAACUUUGAGGUGGUUAAGGACUUUGUGAACUCGAUUAUUGACCAGUUCACUGUGAGCCAGGAGGCCAGCCGCGUUGGGGUGGUGCUCUACAGCCAUCUGAGCACGGUGGUGGUCGGCCUGCAGCAGCAGCCCAGCAGGGAGGAGAUCCAGGCUUCUGUCAGAGCCAUGCCCUACCUGGGCGAGGGCACCUUCACCGGCAGCGCCAUGCUCCAAGCCAGGAAGGUGUUCAGAGACUCUCGACGCCAUGUGAGGAAAGUGGCUGUUGUUUUAACGGAUGUUCAGUCAGAUCAGAGUGAUCUGGUGCAGUUUAAAGAGACGGCCUCAGAAGGCCAUGCAGAGGGGAUUGAGGUGUUGAUCAUAGGUGUGGUGAACAAGACUGAUCCUCUUUAUGAAGAGUUCCUGAGUCAGAUGAAGACUGUCGCCUCUGAUCCUAAAGAAGAACAUGUCUACAUUAUUGAUGACUUCCUAUUGCUGCCUGUUCUGGAGAAUAAUAUUCUGAAGCAGAUUUGUGAUCGAGAUGCAACGGCACCAUUUAGACCAAAAUCAUUGUUUUCAUCUGUGGAAACCCAUCCGAACGGACCAGAAGACGGCGAGUCUAAAAAGAUCCCAGAAGCAAAAAACACAAGGCCACCUGCUCCACAGCCCACUGAGUCACUGUGGCCUCAUGAGAACCAGUUUGACUCUGAGGUGACGGUGAAGCCGUCCAACAAGCAGCCAGAUCUAUCAUCUAUGCCUCAUGGUGAGAAGAGAGAGCCGGGCCCAGGGCAGAACUCUGUGGUGCAGUGGCAGAGUCCGACUGACUGGUCAGGUGAGGUGGAGAGCUUUCAUACAACCUUUGGCCCUCCACCACCAACUCUGACUGAGACACCUGUAUCAGGUGGGGGGUGCAGCCAGCCUCUUGAACCCGGUCCGUGUCGGCAGUACAGGAUCAGGUGGUACUACGACCCGGAGGCCAACGCCUGUGCACAGUUCUGGUAUGGCGGUUGUCAGGGCAACACAAACAACUUUGAGAAUGAAGCUAACUGCCGGAAUACCUGCGUCUACCUGUAACAGACUGUGUGGUGGAAGGUUGGGCGUGGUGCCCAGCAGAUUCCAUCAGUUUCGAUAUCAGCAACGUGAAAGAGCAGUGCCUGAAGCAAUACCCUCUGACUGCUGAGGGUAACAUGUUGCUGCUGUCUGAAAUCUGAUUUCAUUGAACUUUCUUUGUUCCUUUCUGUCAUGGCUGUUAACUGACUGUUGGUUUGAAAAAUUGGUUCUUCUAUAGGCUCGUAACAUGGCCCAUUUUCACAACUGUAAUGGAAAAAAAAAAAUUAUUUCAUAAUUAUAUAAU